AUGAGUGGUAAAAUUGCACUUAGUCUAAUUCAUUCCAUGGAAGCUAGUACAGGAACAACAGUAACCAACGAUGUUAUUCUCAAUAAUGAAGAACGAUCUACAUCAGUCAAUAAAACAGUAGCCGAUGGAAUUGAUAUCACAUCAUAUAAAUGUAUAUCUUCUUGUUCAACGGCCAUAAAUGAUGGAAAUUCGAAUUCAGUAAAAAAUUUUCUAAAAUCUUUAAAAAAUAUUCCCUGCGAUCAUGCAUGGCAAGUAAAUCGUGAUCGUCGUUCACGAAAUUUUCAUAAACUUGAUUUACAGUAUGUAAAAAAUAUUACUCAAACUACAAUGUUUAGUAAAGCAAUCAAAUAUGAGAUUUUAACAGAAGAUAUUCAAAUAGAUUAA